GGUGCGAAGAUGGCGGACGAGGAGGCCGAGCGGGAGAGCAGCGGCCCGGGCGGAGACCUCCUGGAGCUUCGGCGCCUGCGGGAGCGGCUGCUGGAGCUGGAGACGGGGCUGCGGGAGAGCCGCGAGCCGGCCGUGCAGGCGGCCACCGAGUACUGCAAGCAGCUCUGCCAGACUUUGUUGGAGUAUGCAGAAAAGUGGAAAACAUCAGAAGACCCUCUGCCUCUGCUGGAGGUGUACACGGUGGCUAUUCGAAGUUAUGUAAAAGCACGACCUUAUCUUACCUCUGAGUGUGAAAAUGUAGCCUUUGUGCUUGAGCGUUUAGCACUAAGCUGUAUUGAACUUCUACUGUGUCUGCCUCUGGAUUUACCUGAAAAUAAAUGGGAAGAAUUUCAGGCUUUUGUACAGGUGGCUCAUAAAAACUUGAUGGAAAAUGGCAGCCGGGAACUGCACAUUUUAACUACCCUUACACAAGAGAAAGGAGUGUGGAAGAACCCAGUAUUGUGUGGCAUUCUUUCCCAGGAACAGUUGGACCCAGAUGAAGUGAAUGAAUUUUUAGUGUCUGAAGGCCCUGUCCUGCUGGAUAUGCGUAUUAAGCACCUAAUGAAAACAAAGCAAUUAACGCAAGCUACUGCCCUGGCAAAACUCUGCUCUGACCAUCCAGAAAUCAGUGCAAAAGGCAAUUUCAAACAAACCUACCUGGUCUGUCUUUGUUCAGGAUCACCAAAUGAAAAGCUAAUGGAAGAAAUUGCAGAAGUAGAUUGCAAAGAUGCUCUAGAAAUGAUCUGUAACCUAGAAUCUGAUGGAGAUGAAAAAAGUGCUCUAAUUUUAUGUGCAGCCUUUCUGUCUCGCCAGCUGCAGCAAGGGGAGAUGUACUGUGCCUGGGAACUGACUCUUUUCUGGAGUAAACUGCAGCAAAGGGUAGAGCCUUCUAUUCAAGUGUAUCUAGAGAGAUGUCGUCAACUGUCUGUGUUAACUAAGACUGUUUAUCACAUUUUCUUCCUGAUUAAAGUAAUUAAUUCAGAGAUCGAUGGUGCUGGACUUGCAACCUGCAUUGAACUAUGUGUGAAAGCACUGCGCUUGGAAUCCAGUGAAAAUGCAGAUGUCAAGAUAUCUAUUUGCAAGACCAUCUCCUGCUUACUUCCGGAUGAUUUGGAAGUUAAACGUGCUUGUCAACUGAGUGAAUUUCUUCUUGAGCCCACUGUGGAUGCAUAUUAUGCUGUUGAAAUGCUAUAUAAUCAGCCCGACCAGAAGUAUGAUGAAGAGAAUCUUCCAAUACCAAAUUCUUUGCGCUGUGAGCUCUUGCUUGUGCUGAAAACUCAGUGGCCUUUUGAUCCAGAGUUCUGGGACUGGAAAACUCUAAAGCGUCAGUGUCUGGCACUUAUGGGAGAGGAGGCAUCCAUCGUGUCCUCAAUAGAUGAGCUAAAUGAUAGUGAAGUUUAUGAGAAGGUUGAGGAUUGCCAGGAAGAGAAUAAAGAAACUUCUGUGAAUGGGCUUGCUGGCCUUGAUGAAGCUACAAGCCUUCUUAGGGGUAUCGGAGAUGAAAAGCAGAAAAAGAGAGAAAUCAAAAAACUCAGAGAGAGGGGGUUCAUAUCAGCUAGAUUUAGGAACUGGCAAGCUUAUAUGCAGUAUUGUGUGUUAUGUGACAAAGAAUUCCUAGGUCAUAGAAUAGUUAGACAUGCACAAAAACAUUAUAAAGAUGGAAUUUACAGUUGCCCUAUUUGUGCCCAAAAUUUUAAUUCUAAAGAAAACUUUGUUCCCCAUGUAACUUUGCAUGUUAAAAAAUCCAGCAAAGAGAGAUUGGCUGCUAUGAAACCACUGAGAAGACUGGGAAGACCUCCUAAAAUUGCAACUGCCAACGAGAAUCAGAAAACUAAUUCUGUAUCCAAACAGGAGCAGCGACCCAUUAAGAAGAACAGUCUCUAUUCAACAGACUUCAUUGUGUUUAACGAUAAUGAUGGCUCAGAUGAUGAAAAUGAUGACAGAGAUAAACCUUACAUACCAGAGAUAGUGCCAGUUCCAAAGCCACUCCCUGUUAAUGAAUUCACAUGCCCUGUAACGUUUUGUAAAAAAGGUUUUAAAUAUUUUAAAAAUCUAAUAGCACACGCAAAGGGGCAUAAAGAUAAUGAAGAAGCUAAACGUUUUCUUGAAAUGCAAAGCAAAAAAGUGAUUUGCCAGUACUGUAGACGACAUUUUGUAAGUGUUACUCACCUGAAUGAUCAUUUACAAAUGCACUGUGGCAGCAAGCCUUAUAUCUGCAUACAGAUGAAAUGUAAGGCUGGUUUUAACAGUUAUGCUGAGCUACUGACACACAGAAGAGAGCAUCAAGUCUUCAGAGCUAAGUGUAUGUUUCCUAAAUGUGGCAGAGUGUUUUCUGAAGCCUAUUUACUUUAUGAUCAUGAAGCACAACACUAUAAUACCUAUACCUGCAAAGUCACAGGCUGUGGAAAGGUAUACCGUUCACAGAAUGAAUUGGAAAAGCAUGUUGAGGAUCACAGCAAGCAGCCUGAGAAAGAGCAGCAGACUGAAAACCAAAAUAAUCAGCCUGAUCUUAGUCAACCUUCUAAAGCCAAUGAAAACACCAACGGAGUUACUGUUAAAGAGGAAAUGACGUCUCCUCCAGCUGAUGACCGAAGUAGUUCCACUGAAGGAGAAAACAUUGUUUGGAACCAAAUCAAAGCAGAGCCAGUAGGGAAUGAAAGUGUAAAUUCACCGGCAAGUAUACUGCAGCAAGGGGAUUCCCUGCCUAGUGCUGGUUCGGAGCAGUCUCCUGUGGGCUCAGUGAAAACAGAAGUGACAGCUCCAGCAAGCAGCAUGAAGCUGUCUGUUGUUAACCAAAAGAUCCGAGAUAAUUUUGCAAAAAGAGGUAAAUUGGCUGCUAUUACCAGUAAAGUAGAUACUACUAAACCUGGAGUCCAGCAGUUGUGCCCCUCGGUUGACUCUUGUCUUCCAGUUUUCCAAGAGAGAAAGGAAGAAGACUGUCUCAGUCAGACUCAGAAUAUUCAAACUGUUUCUGUGACCUCAGACACACUAAAACCAGAAACCCUUGAAUCAAAAAGCUUAGAAAGACAAGUGAGCGUUGUAAAUCCAUUCAGUAUGCAGAAUCAGACAGGAUAUCGAAACAGUCUACCCAUUUCCAAACUUGAAAUUGAAGACAGUAUUAAAGCUGCAGCUAAUCUGUAUAACUUGCCUUUAAAAACUUUAGAAAGUAUUACCUUGAUUCCAUCACAGCCUAACAUAAAUAGCUCUCUAGUUCCACCUGUGUUACCAGCAACCCCAGUUCAGAAAUUUAAUUGUCAGGUUGAAGGUUGUACUCGAACAUACAACUCGUCACAGAGCAUUGGCAAACAUAUGAAGGCAGCACACCCUGAUGAAUAUGCUGCUUUUAAAAUGCAGCGUAAAAAUAAGAGACCACGAAAAUCCAGCAGUCUGCAAAAUGUGCCGAAUGAUGGGAAGAUUGUGUAUCUUACGCCGUCGCAAGUGGGCAAUCUCAGUGGUGCUGCUUUUACUGCACAGAACAAAUCAAAUUUGAAUCCCAGCUGUUCCAGUCAAGUACAGCAUGUCUCAAGUACUCUUUUCCCAACCCACCUGGAAAAUUUGGCCAACCCUAUGUUGCCUGGAGUGGAAAGUGUCAUAAAUCCAAGUUUGUCUACUCGUAUUAAAAGUGAGCCUGAGAGUGUUUUAUGUUCACAAAUGGAAAAUCUUUCUGGUGCAACCUUACCUUCCCAGUUGGAUGAUCUGGCAAAAACAGUUAUGCCUCUGAAUAUUGAUGGCAGUUCAGAUCCUUUUCUUCCUUUGCCUGCAGAAAAUGGUCCGAUGUCUCUCUUUCCUUCAUCAGCAGAGAAUCCUCCAAAUUCGGUCUUCUCACAACUGGAAAAUAACACAAAUAGCUUUUCAUUGCAACUAGAAGGAAACACUAGUUCUGCUUUCCCAAAAGAGGAAAGUGUUGAUCAAAUAUUUCCCUCACGAUUGAGUAAUGAAAAUAACUUCAGUGAAACUAGUUCUCAACAUCCAGCUUCAGAAAAGGUGAAAAAAGAUCGUGGCCAGGGCCCAAAUGGGAAAGAAAGGAAGCCAAAACAUAACAAGCGGGCAAAGUGGCCAGCAAUAAUUAGAGAUGGCAAAUUUAUCUGUAGCAGGUGCUUCAGAGUUUUCACUAAUCCUAGAUCACUUGGUGGUCACUUAUCUAAGAGGUCUUAUUGUAAGCCUCUUGAAGGAUCAGAGAUUUCUCCAGAAGCCCUGCAGGCUAAUGGACAAUCUUUGCUUGCCAGUAUGAUUCUUUCUUCAAAUUCAUUAAACUUGCAGCAACCCCAGGAGUCUGCCUUCAAUCCAGAAACGUGUUUUAAAGAUCCAUCAUUCCUCCAGUUACUUGCAGCUGAAAAUCGUUCCACAGCCUUACUGCAGACUAUGUUUCCACGAGCCAGUGGGACUAAUACCAGUGGGAAUGAGGAAGGAAAUCAAAUUAUAAAGCAAGCCUUGGAAAGUGCAGGCAUCCCGAGUACCUUUGAUAACACAGAAGUACUUCCACGCAUAGUGACGACGAGUUGUGUUUCUGGUACGACCCAGAUAAAUGCAGCUGUUCUUCCCAACUCAGCCACGUCCCCUCUGCUGCAGACAGUCUGUAACCCCAAUACCCUGCUAACAGACCAAAACAGGACCCUCAGUGCCAAAAUGCCUCCACUAAACGAAUGCAAGAGUUUGCCUGGUUUUGCAACAGAGGACUUAAUGCUAAAGACCAUUGAAAACGGCUUGUGUCCUAGCUCAUUUUCUAAUACUGUUGCAGCAGCACAAAACUUUGCAGGGAACAGUUCACGAGUUUCAGUUAUAAGUAGGCCCAAGAAUUCAGGAUCAAGCGACUUGAAUAAGAAGGGAACCAGUUCUUCAAAGAGGAAGAGAAAAACAACUACACCUCUGCUUGUGCCCAGUAUAUCACAGAAGGUAGCAGUAAAUAAUGCAACAGUGUUGGGACUUCUAACCAAAAGUACUGAAGGAAACAUGCAAAUACAGGGAGAAGGUUUUCAGUCUAACUUGCUUGGAAAUUGUGGCUCUCAAGCGGUGGUGGAAAAUCUCACACAAAAACUCAAUGUUGACAAUCAGUUAUUUAUGGCCAGUAUCAAAGAGAAUUUCAAAACAAAUCUCGAGGCUCAUAGAGCGCUGCCCCCUUUAACAGUAAAAACUGAAAAUGGGGAUUCCCAAAUGAUGACUGUAAAUUCUUGUGUGCGAGCAAAUUCGGGGGAACAGAUUACAAAAGACAGUGUUAUGCAGAACUUUGAAAAAACCUUGGAAAUAAUUAAAACUGCUAUGAAUUCACAGAUACUUGAGGUGAAAACUGAAAUUCAGGAUACCACUGCUGAUUCAGGACAGAACUCGCGAGUAAAUAAUGCACAGGCUUCCUCAGAAAAUUCUGCACCCAGUGUAAAACUGCCCACUCCUACGCAGUUUUCUGGGCACACUGGGAAUGUCACUGCUGCAAAGGGUAGCUCUGCUCAGUCUGAGACAUCUCAAAAGGAUGAUACCAAAAUGCUGGAAAUUUUGGAGGGCUUGCAAAAAAUGAAGCUGGAAGAUGAUUCUCCCGUUCACAUCUCUGAGACUGUUUCCCAGUGUCCUCCAGCAGACGCGGUAGCACCAGCAGUCCCGACUGGAUCAAUUGAACAUAAGCCCCUCAUCCAGAUAUCUCCAGAGGCAAGUAACAUUCAGUUUAGUGAUAGAGUUAAUAAACCUUUUGUAUGUCAGAAUCCUGGCUGCAAUUACAGUGCUAUGACAAAAGAUGCAUUAUUUAAACACUAUGGCAAGAUUCAUCAGUACACUGCAGAAAUGAUACUAGAAAUCAAGAAACAUCAGUUGAAGUAUGCCCCAUUCAAAUGUGUUGUAGCCUCCUGUCCAAAAACUUUCACAAGAAACUCUAAUCUCCGAGCACACUGCCAGCUUGUACAUCAUUUUACAACAGAGGAGAUGGUAAAAUUAAAAAUUAAAAGGCCUUAUGGCAGAAGAUCUCAAAAUGAAACUGUAAACACAGCCCCACAACCGGUUGAAAUAAAAACUGUGCAGACACUAGUAACAGAAAACAAAACUGCAGCUCCAUUGGUCAAAGAAGCUCAGAUAAAGGAAGUUGUAGAGCCUGUUGAAGUCUCGGAAAAAUUUCUACCAGAAAAUAAGAUUCCUGAAAGACUGGAAAAACCUCCCCAAGUGGUUUCCAUUCCACUCGAGCAGCAUAAUGCAGCCUCUUUUGGUAGCACAGACGCACAACCCAAAGCACGCAAGGUUAGGAAGCACAGAAAGGAGAAAGAGGAGAGAAAUGGUAGGAAGCCUGUAACAAAGUCUCUGGAGUUUCCCACAAGGUACAGCCCUUACAGACCAUACCGCUGUGUCCAUCAGGGCUGCUUUGCGGCUUUUACGAUACAACAAAACCUAAUCCUUCACUACCAAGCUGUGCACAAAUCAGACCUUCCUGCCUUCUCUGCUGAAGUGGAGGAGGAGAUUGAGCAAGGUAAAGAGGAACGAGAGGAGGUGGAAACCAAACCUGCCAUCAGAGAGUUCAGGUGUGAGGUGAGUGACUGCUCCCGCAUCUUUCAGGAAGUUACCAGCUUGAUACAACAUUACGUGAAGCUUCACAACAUGACCCCAGAGCAGAUUGGAAACAUGAAAUCAGCCCUAGAGGUGGGAAGGUUUUUUUGUGACCAGUCUCAGUGUAAGGCUUCGUUUACAGAGUAUCUUAACUACGUAGUGCAUCUUGAGACAGAUCACGGUGUUAAGAUAAGGCCAAACAAAGUAGAAGAUGACGGUGUAUUCAAGUGUGACUGUGAAGGCUGUGACCGUAUUUAUGCUACUAGGUCUAACCUCUUGAGGCAUAUUUUUAACAAACAUAAUGACAGGCAUAAAGAUCAUCUAAUAAGACCCAGGAGACUGACACCAGGCCAGGAAAACAUUUCAAGCAAAGCAAAUCAGGAGAAACCAUUGAAGUCUAAACAGAGAGGACUCAAAAACAGAUCGGGAAAAGAAGGUAACAGGCUGUCAUCGAAAACAAAACGAAAGAAAAACGUGCCCUUGGAAAAUAAAGACUCAAAAGAAAUAGAUGUUGAAGAAAAUCAGUCUUAUUCACUAAAACGUGGCAAGUAUGUGUAUUUAAUAAAGUCUAGAGACGAUGCCUUGUCGGAAUGUACAAGCAAGUUCAUGACUCAGUAUCCAUGUAUGAUAAAGGGAUGUUCAUCUGUAGUUACAAGUGAAAGUAACAUAAUAAGGCAUUAUAAAUGUCAUAAGCUGUCCAAAGCAUUUACUUCCCAACACAGAGAUCUUCUUAUUGUAUCUAAAACGCAGUCUGUCUCCCAAGUAAAGGAAGCCACUUGUGAGCAAGAGGAAACUGAUAAAAAAACUGAUGUGAAAGAGCCUGAACCGAGUUUGAUAGUGAGCAAUAAUGAUUCAAGCACAACUACCUUACCACAAAAGGAAACUGAAAAAGGCGAAAAGGAUGAAGUGGAUGAACUAACAGAACUAUUCAUUACUAAACUAAUUAAUGAGGAUUGCUCAACUACUGAAAAUCAAGCAAAAAUCUCUUCCAGUGUAAAUAGUGACUUGCAGGAGACCAGCUCCUGCUCCUCAGAGAAGCAAAAAUCAAACAACCUGAAAAGAGCAAAUAAAGAAAAAAAUGUAUCUCAGAAUAAGAGAAAGAGAGCUGAAAAAACUGAGGAAGCACUGCCUGUUGAUGUGAGUGGCACGCACAGGGAGGAAGAGACUGCUGUUGCCAUUCAAACGGCCGAGGAGCAGCCUGCGGCCUUUGACUGGAGCUCGUUUAAGCCGAUGGGUUUUGAAGUGUCAUUCCUCAAGUUCCUUGAAGAGUCUGCUGUGAAGCAAAAGAAAAACACUGAAAGAGACUACCACAGUGGCGGAACCAAAAAAGGAUCCCAUUCAAACUCACGGAAAUCCAGUGAGAAGACCCCCGUAGCAAGUGAUGUCACUUGGUCAUGUUCUGAAACUGAAACCCUUGUACUGUUUGCCAACCCAUCACAGCUUCCAUGUGGUGAUAAUGUAAAGAUAGUUUUAGACAAGACUCUUAAAGACUGCACUGAGCGUCUGUUGAAGCAACUUCAGGAAAUGAAACCUGUUGUCAGUUUGAGAAGGCUUGAAGGACGUUGGGAGGAUAAUCCAGAAGUUAUAGCUGCAAAAGUAAUUGUUUUGGGUAUUGAGGAAGGGGAAUCAAAGUACUGAAAACCUAAUGUGUUUAACCGUGACCUGUAAUAGAAUUUAUUUUGAAUAGGAAGCCAUCAAGCAUGCUAGUAACUGUGGAGCUCUUUUAUUUUGAAGUGAUUUAAUCUAGCAAAAAACAUGACAUGAGUCAUGUAAAUGUCUUAUUUGUUUUUAUCCCUAUGGGACUUGAAGAACAGAGUAAUUGCUUCAGUUCUGUAAAUACUUUAUCAAGACCUCAACUUUCUAUCAGAUUGUCCUUUCCAUGAACUAAAUCUUUGUGAGUUGUCUGUGAUUGUUAUCUUUCACCAGGUUACUUCUCAUGUAUAACAGUUUUCUUUAUUUGUAGAUACAGUUUUUUUGUAUAUAUUUAUUAUUGUAAAUCAUUUGCUGCCACCAGCAGUCUGUAAGUCUAAACUAUUAAAUGACACAUUUAUAUUCGGAAUUUUAAUUUGUAACUAAGUGAGCAAGUUUUUAAAACUGUCCUUCAAUCAUUUUAAAUUAAGAACUUUUGAACUAAAGCUAGCUAAGUCUGUCAUAUCCAGUUUAUUUUGCAUAAAGCAUUUAUUUACAGAAGAGGAGCUGGAUAAGAUCACAUUUCAUAGGUUAAAUGUACUGACACACUCUCAUUUUUGUAAAUUUUGACAUCCAGUAUCUAUGGAUGAUAUUCAUAUGUAGUUAACACAUAAAUAUAAUAGUUUUCUUAUAGCUACAUUUUUCAUUGCUUUUAAUUGGAUACAAAGCAUUUAUGAUUCCAUAAUAAAAAUGGAAAUGUGAAUAAAAAUAGUUUGCUACAUUGGAGAUUUAAAACAAUAUUUGGUAUUAAAGAAUCCGUUGUGAAUGUGAUAGAAAAUUAGUAGUGUGGAGCAGUGUAUAUAUUUGAGGUGGUGAUUUGUGAAGUAGCCCAGUAUUGCCUUAAAUAAAAACACAUUUCAUUUCUUGUUUUAUACAUGUGAUCUUAUAAAGGUUAUUUUUGUUUCUGUAACUUAGAUUGGUGUAUAGUUUAAUUUUUGUUAAAAAAACAAAACAAAACAAAAAAACUUCAGAAACCGUUUUUGUAAAUAGUGGGUUUAUAAAACAGAUGGUUUAUUUUGAUAAUACCAGUUUGGUAUCUAUCCAUAAAAUACACGAGUCCUUAUGCCAUACCAUUAAAAGCUAAAUAAACAAGACACUUUCUGAAAGGGAAGUGAUAUUCUGAUCUUACAGAUAAACUCAGUGGUUGUGCUCUAUUGAUGGCAUGGGCUCCCUUUGCGCUCUUCUGCCUCUUGCUGACUGUACCUGGCACCACUCUCACAACCUCUCUUUUCCACACUGGAACGAGCCUCAGAAGCGGUGCUGCUUGUAGUGCCCGGGAUUGGAGCAAUUCCUCUGUAUGCUGCUAACUGAAAUGACAGGUAUCCAGUUUGUUGAGUAACCAAAAGUGUGAAUGUGUUGGUGGGAGCUGUCAGUACCCAGGAAUCUUCAGUGUUGGUUUUCACGUGUGAUUAUCUUGACUCAGAUGGGACAAGCCAGCUGGAUUGUGUGGUACCAAAAAAUUUUUCCUGGAUUAUUCUCGUUAUUGGAUGUGACCUACCUUCAGUAAUAUAAAAUAGUCUUUAACUUGGGUGAGAUUGGCUGGAUUUUUUUUUCUAUAAACUUGUCUUGCCAUUUAAAGCUUUGUAUUAAAUGCUACACUUGAUUGCUCUUAAGCUAUUCACCUGGAAUCUUUGACAGUUUUCCUGAAUAUCAGUCCAGAGGGCACAUUCCUACAACCAAUUGAAAUGACUUGUUGCAAGAGUGAGGAUUAUGUAUGAAACGGCAGGAAGGCAACAGCAGUUCAAUUUGGGCAUCGCCCUUGGUUUACUUCGUGGUGCUAAAUUGCCUACCUUCACAGACAGCCCGUGCUUCCAUUUGAACAGAGCCCCUUGGCUCCUCUCGCUUUUGAUCCCUCCCAGGUGACUAGACUUGACAGUUCUGCCAAGUUAGUAAAUCAAAGGUGUUGCCUGAGAAUGAUAAAACCAAAACAAAUCCUUGCAUUUUAACUCUAGGAGAGUUUGUUAUAAUAGUUACAAGCACACAGUGCCAUGUUCUACCUACUAGAGGCCUCGUGGUCCCCCUGGAUGGAGCUGCUCUUGGAUACCAGUCAUGGUGAUUGUAGAGGGAGCUUCUUCAGGGGAGAAGAGAGCAGAGAUCCUCUGGAGUGGAUCACAAAUACCACCUGAAAUCUCUUGUUUUCAGCUGUACUUAGCCACUGCAGUCACUGUCAACAGACCUCGCAACUGUUAGUCUUUAGAAGAAUUUUUGUGUUGUGUGAGUUGAAUAGCUUCAGCAUUGACAUUCUUGAUGAUAAAUUCCACAUCAUUUGCAGUUCUUGAACUGAGAAUACCAUACAACUAUUUACUACACAGUGAUAUACCAAAAUGCUAUUAAAAAAAAAAAAAAAAGACAAAAAAUUCCAAUGUCAUAAAUAUCCAGAAGGUAAUUUCUGGUUUGGAUCUGAAUGUAGGGUCUGAAUUUCUGAGAAUGAAAUAUUUAAUACUGUCUCAUCCCAAUCCAGUUAAAGUAGGUGCUGUACCAAUACAAUCAGUGCCUUCCCUGACCCUUUUAGGUGGGUACUGACACAGGUAAGCUAGGGUUGUUUUUUUCCUUUUUUAAAAUAAAGUGUUUUGAACUUUAAGUGGGGGACCAAAGGCAGGGUCUGGUUUAAGAUGUCACAGACUGCAGAGGGCACUCAGGUUUGGUAGUGCCACCUAGAAAGGCUCCCGAGGAAAUAAAAAUGGUAUUUGCAUUUGGAUGUUUUACCUUGGGUGAUGUAGGAAACCUCCCACUGUAGCAGUGGCAGGGUGCCUGAAGGGAUGGUUUCUCUGGAGCCUGGAGCUAUACCCUGCCCCUGGGGCUGCUGGACAGGAUGGGGCUCCAGAGUGGCCAAGGCAGCUCUACCAGCAGCACCUCAGCCUGUAGGGUGCCCCCACACCCAAAGGUGCUGCUGGCCCUGCUGCUCAGUCCCUCUCUGUCUUCUGCCUUGCCUUUUUUUUUCCUCUGUCUCUGUCUUCCAGACUUGUCACCUGUGAACCGGAGUGGGGGAUGACAUUCAAGCAAAGGCUCUUUCUUUUAACGCCUUGUCGCCAUCAGGAAUGACUAAAACAGAAGUUGGUGCUGAUGGGGAAGCAACCAAAUCGAGGAGUCUGGCUGGAUGCAGAGAACAGACUGUUUUGUGAUUGAAAGUCACAGUCAGCCUCUCCUUGGUUAACUGUGUUCAUAAAGAAAUCUACUCUUUUCGGAUCCCUAAUUCAGUGUAAAUAAGAGUAGUGGGUUUAUUGUCACAUGUUUCAGGUGGUGCUUCUGAGCAGGAUGGGGGAACUGUGGAUUGCACUGGGAUGUCAAGUCUAUGGCUCUUGCAUAGCAAGUGAACAAUGCUUGCACAAGUAACACUGGAACCAAUUGUUGAAUCAGGUGGGGAAAAGUAGUUGGCUGGUUGUUUCAGUGAGUUUCUGUGCCAAAGAGUUGGUUAUGGCUCCCACCUGUGCGGGCAGGGACAUGCUACCCUGAGGUGUAGGUCCUCUGAGCUGGAGAAGCUCGUGCUCAGCUCUGGCUGGAGCCUUGGCAUGGAGAAGGUGAUACUAUUAAAGGAGUGGGAAACAAGGCCACUGGUACUGGAGAAGUAAGUAGAGGGAAUAAACUAUCAGCAAAUAGGGAAAUAUUUUUCUGUGUCUUUUUUUCAAAUCUGUUCUAUCCCAAGGCAAGGAGCUUACUCGGAUUUUAAAGAAAAUGAAAGUUUAUGUAAGACAUGGAUCUUUUGAUGUUUUGGAAUAUGAAUGAGGUAAAUAUUUUUGUAUGAAUGUGCAUGGAGUGAUCAUGGGUUUUUGUCCAUUACUGUAUGGGCUCAGAUAAGUUUCUUAUCAAUUGCUUAUAUCCUUGUGGAACAUAGCACUUGAAUUAAAUUUUUUAACAUGUCUAUUUGAGUGACUCAGAAGUUUAGGGGCCAAGCCUGUAAACUCAUUUGAACCAAAAAAAUGUAACAGCAAAUGCUUCAGGGAUGUAUGGAUGAGUGAAACCUAAACUGGAGAACAAAGGCAUAUAUAAAGGCAGGAAAAGGGCUGUGGAAGGGAAGGAGCCAGUAAAAGACCAAAUGAUGGCCAAGAACAAGGAUUCAGAAAGAGAUGAGUUUCUGUUCUCUGAGGUUCAGUAAAAUCUGACAGAGCUGCCUUGUGUGACGCUCCCUUCCUUUUUUAUGAGUUGCACUGUCAAAUACUCAAAUUUUUCAGUGCAUGAUGUGAAGGCUACUUGGCAGUUUGCUGUGAGUGAGUUGGUUACACAAAGUUGGUCUGUAAUAAAUUUUCAGAAUAUUUCUCAUGUAAGGUACUGGCUUUGUCAGAACUGAAGUAUCCUCCAAGACUCAAAACAUGCUGAUUUUGGAAUUUAUUUAUCAUUUCAUGGCUGUUGGAAGAUAGAAGUAAAAAUAAAACUUUGAACAUACA